AUCUGCAACUGCACCGACAAACUGAGAAUUGAUUGAUUCUUCACGAUCUCUGGGUGGUUUCAUGGACAUGGCGAUAGUAACAUUAGGAAAAAGUAUUCAUUAGAUCUCAGAUCCAAUAUUAUCAUUUCAUUUUCUCUGUUUUACUUUUGCUCUUCAUUUUUCACCUGCAAUUUUCGUACCGGAGAUAUGGAUUCGUCGACGCUGCUUUACAAUCAGCUGAAGGCAGCGGAGCCAUUUUUCUUACUAGCAGGACCAAACGUGAUCGAAUCGGAGGAACACAUUCUCUACAUGGCCAAGCAACUCAAACAAAUCGCUUCUAAACUUGGAUUGCCGCUGGUUUUCAAGUCCAGCUUCGACAAAGCUAAUCGGACAUCGUCGAAAUCGUUUCGCGGACCUGGUUUGGCCGAAGGAUUGAAGAUACUCGAGAGAGUGAAAAUCACAUACGACAUUCCGAUAGUUACCGAUGUGCACGAGACAAUCCAGUGUGAAGCUGUUGGCAGAGUUGCAGAUAUAAUCCAGAUUCCGGCUUUCUUGUGUAGACAGACGGAUCUGCUUGUCGCAGCUGCCAAGACUGGAAAAAUUAUCAAUAUCAAGAAAGGCCAAUUUUGCGCGCCUUCUGUUAUGGCAAAUUCUGCCGAAAAGAUUAGGAUGGCUGGAAAUGAAAAUGUUAUGGUUUGUGAGAGAGGCACAAUGUUUGGCUAUAAUGACUUGAUUGUUGAUCCACGUAACUUCGAGUGGAUGAGGGAGGCCAACUGUCCUGUGGUGGCUGAUAUAACACAUUCGUUACAACAACCUGCUGGAAGAAAGCUUGAAGGUGGUGGUGUUGCAAGUGGAGGUCUUCGUGAACUAAUACCCUGCAUUGCACGGACCGCAGUUGCUGUCGGGGUGGAUGGAAUCUUUAUGGAGGUGCAUGAUGACCCUUUAAAUGCUCCAGUUGAUGGUCCAACACAGUGGCCUCUUCGCCACCUGGAAGAACUUCUAGAAGAGCUCGUCACAAUUGCAAAGGUUAGCAAGGGGAAGAAGCAAUUUCAAAUCGACCUCACUCCGUUCCAUCCGUGAAACCUGGAACAGAUUCAUCCUGCGGAAAUAUGUCGAGAAUAUAUUAUUGUCUGGUUUUAUUAAUAAGUCGGCUUUUAUACACUGAUUAAUCGAGGCUCGGUUUUCAGCCUCGUCGUUGUUCUACUAUUAGUUAGACUCUUGGCAAGUCUGAAGAUUCUUUGUAUUCGACACUAUAUGUAUUAUUUUUUGUAAAUCGAAAUUGGGCAAAAUGCAUACGUUACGAAGGUUUUAGAUCGUAAU